AUGAUUUCCCGAGAUACCCUCGCUUUGCACAUUGAAGCCCUGCUCAAGAAGCCCAAGCAGUUGUGGAAGCAUGUACUCGCCUCGCCUACGCGUCAGUUGCUCGAUGCACUUUAUCACAACGACUCUAUCUUCGAUCCCCGUGCGUCGAAAAUUGACGAGUUUCUCGAGAUAGACGACGAAAACACCAGCUGCAUUCCUCAGUUGCAAUGGGCGCCGUAUAUCAAUAUGUCGGGCAGGUUUGCAGAGUGGCUCCGAGGUUUGGUAGACAAGCUCUUCAACCUCUCCGAGCAUGCUUUUCAAGUAGUGGUUCAAACUUUGGGGCGAUACGCUAUUCUUUCGCAUCGGUGGGACUCGGACGAUCAGGAGCUCACUUUUGAAUGUAUGGAGGACUUCGGUCACGAAGCAUUGAGCAUCCCGGAGCGCCGGGGAUAUGCAAAGUUCCGAGGCUUUUGCGAUGCGGCUGCGUUCCACGGAUGUCGAUACGUUUGGAUCGACAGCGGAUGCAUCAAUCGAGGGGAUAAAGCCGAACUUGAUGUGUCUAUAUCCUCGAUGUAUCAGUGGUACAGCAAGGCAUAUGUCACCAUCAUAUACUUGUCGGAGACCGUAGAGGCCGACCACGACAUAUUCUAUUAUCCGUUCCAAGAUCCAUGGUGGAGAAGGGGAUGGACACUGCAGGAAUUUGUAGCUUCGACGAGGAAGAGGUAUUAUUAUAGGAACUGGAAGGCGAUUGACGAUCAGGAUUGGGAUUAUGAUGCACGGCUUUUCGAAGACCAGUAG